AUGCUCCGGGUGAGGAUCGAACUCACAACCUCCGCAUUCCUUAUGAUGUCGUCUCAUACUGUCUAUAAGUACGGCGCGCUAACCGAUUGUGCUACCGGAGCAUUCACGAAACACUGCUUACAUUCUUUAUCAGAAUCAUAUAAGGAAUAUUUUUGGAAAAAAAUGCUCCGGGUGAGGAUCGAACUCACAACCUCCGCAUUCCAUAUGAUGUCGUCUCAUACUGUCUAUAAGUACGGCGCGCUAACCGAUUGUGCUACCGGAGCAUUCACGAAACACUGCUUACAUUCUUUAUCAGAAUCAUAUAAGGAAUAUUUUUGGAAAAAAAUGCUCCGGGUGAGGAUCGAACUCACAACCUCCGCAUUCCAUAUGAUGUCGUCUCAUACUGUCUAUAAGUACGGCGCGCUAACCGAUUGUGCUACCGGAGCAUUCACGAAACACUGCUUACAUUCUUUAUCAGAAUCAUAUAAGGAAUAUUUUUGA